AUCUUCGUCGAGUUUAAAUCAGUUUGCAUCUUCUCUUUGGUUCCAACGGGUCAUGGAUUAGAAAAUUACUUUGGAACUGCCAAUUUGAUUAUUUUGUUUUACCAUUAAGUUAUAACUUUGUGUUUGCCUUCCAUUCAAUCAACUUUUCAUUUUCAUCGGUUUUAUAUCUUAAACUGAACUUUCAAAAUGUUUAUCAAAUCAUCUCUUGUAUUUUUAUUUAUUUUAGCUGCUGUUUCAGCUCAAUCGAACUACAACUCUGAUCGAUUCGAACAACAACAACAACAAGACCGAGGUUACGAUGGAUCAACCUCAACUGGAUCUCAACAACAAUAUCAAGAAGCUGAAAGGCAACCACAAAACUCCGUUGAAGGUGAAGCCGGUCCUGAACCUCCAGCAUUAGUUCCACAGACCAGUUUCACUUGUGACGGUAAGCCAUAUGACCCAGGAAUGUACGCCGAUAUGGAAGUUGGUUGUACCGUUUAUCACAUGUGUUUCAAUGGAAAAAAAGACUCUUUCCUCUGUGGUACUGGAACCAUGUUCAACCAAGAGAUUCUUUCCUGUGAUCAUCCACAAAAUGUUGAUUGUUCUGCUUCACCAUCAUUUUACAAUGCCAAUGAAGAAUUAGGCAAACCUGGCGCUGAACCUGCCCCUGGCCAAGCCCCCGCUGCCCGUCCAAGACCUCCCCCACCAGCAGCCAGACCCGUUGCUCAACGACCCGUUGUAAGCGGAGCCCCACGACCCCUUCCACGACCAGCUCCAGUUCAACGACCAAUCCCAGCCCCACGACCACAAGUUCAAGGUCCAACCUAUGGCCCAGGAGCAACUGACCAAAGUCCAGAUUAUGAAGCACCUCAACAACCAGAUUUUCCUGAACCAGCUCAACCAUCACUCCCUGCCCUCCCAGCCCCAGCACCAGCUCCUCUUCCUAGACCAAGUGGCAAGGUUUCACCUCCACAACCCUCACGACCAGCUUAUCGACCACCAGCACCAAUAUCUCAACCUGCUCCAGCUCCACGUCCCCUCCCUCGACCAGCCCCAGUCUACCGCCAACCCGCCCCUGUCCAAUCAUACCGACCAGUUCAACCAGCCCCAGCUCCCGUCCAAACAUACCGUCCAGCUCCAGCUCCAGCUCCAAUUCCCAGCUAUCAACCAGCCCCAGCUCCAGCUCCAGCUCCAGUCCGACGACCAAGCAAAACUUCUCCCAGGAGACCUGCUGCUCGACCAAUCCCACCUCCAGUAGUUCAAACUACUGACGAGGAUACUGAUUACGAGCCAAGCUCAGUUUAUUAUUCACAAGAGCUGCCAAAACAACAACAACAAAGAUCAAGAUAUGCAGUAACAUCAAGAAGAUGGAACCAAUAUCGAUCAUAAAUAAUAUAAACAAACAACUGAAUCAAUAAAAUGAUUAAAUGACA